UUCGGAAGCACUGAGAGGAGUGCGAGGUUCAGUCUGUCGUUUUCUGACGAAGUUAUAGACGAGAUGGAAGAACGUGAAGACCACGCCGGACACACUGUCGGGACCGGGUCGCCUGGGUCUCCGUGCGUGUCGUCUCCCCUGUCCUGGUCCAGCGGCGGCUCGCCCAGACCGUCCUCCCCCUACCUGCGCUCCCAGCCCGGCAAGAUCAGGAAGGGGAAGAGCCUGAAGAAAGCCGAGAAACAGCUGUCAGAGGAAGAAGUACAAGAGCUGCGACUGAAGGUGAACGAGAGGGAGAGGAAGAGGAUGCACGACCUGAACUCGGCACUAGACGGGCUGCGGGAAGUCAUGCCGUACGCUCACGGUCCGUCCGUCAGGAAACUCUCCAAAAUCGCCACGCUGCUGCUGGCCAAGAACUACAUCCUCAUGCUCAACAGUUCCUUGGAGGAGAUGAAGCGGCUCGUGAGUGAUGUCUACCAGAACGGCCACCGUGGACACCACGCGGGGCUGCCGUCGCCGGCGGCAACCUUACCGAGCCUGCACGGGCCCGCCGUGAGACCGUCCCCGCCGCUUCUUCCGCACAGCACGCUUAUCAAGCCCGAGGCGACGUUCAGCGUGCCGCCCACAAGUCUACACCGGCCUGCGGCCCACCUUUCCCCGAAGGACUCUCCAGUGCGCCCCUCCUCGUCCGUCAAGCCUCAGCCCAGGCCGAUCGGGCUGCCGACGAACCCUUUCGGCGUGUGGCCCAUCCCCUGCUCCUGCCCGCAGUGCCCUACAGAUCUCUCGGCCGGCCUACCGUUCGGGAAGAUGCCGACGUUUCACACAAGGUGACACGCGGCUCGGACAAUGUAGAAACUAUCCUACAGAACUCUGUGUGCAAACUACAAGACAGGUGAACUCUUAAGUUUAUCGACAGUUGAUAUUUACAACUCACACCACUGUGAAUCAACUUGAUGGACUAUUUGUUCGGAAUGGUUAUUCCAAACCGAGUCUUUUCGUUUCCAUUGUGGUAAACCAUGAGCCUUCCACUCCAUUUCACACGGACACAGGCCCCACAGAGUCGGUAAUGUCUCCAAUAUUUCUUGAGAUAGCUCAAAGAUUUUAUCUAUUGCUUUGUUUAAGACGAAAUACCGUAUGAAGUUAGUUACGAGUACACGAACAUAGGGGCAUGUUUUGUUGCUGUCCAUUCAUUAUGUGAAAAAAUGACACAGUAAAGAUAGAGAACAUAGACGUUUGUUAUAAUGUCUAUCUCAAUCAAACUUAUGUUCUUUCUAUGUACAUAACAAAUUCGAAAGGCGAUUGAAUACCGUUCCUUUUUCUGUAACAGAUUAUACUAUUGAACCUACAAAUGUUGUAAAUAUCAAAACAAUUCUGUCCAUUUUAUAUCCGUUUAACCAUGCAAUGUCAAUGUAAAUAUUGGAGAUCUUGGACUAAAUAAAUGCUUUAUU